CUCGCCCACAGGAAAGGAGCCAGAGAGGACUGGGCCGGCUGGAGGCAGCGUCCUCAGGCUGAGGGGACUCCCAGAGGGUCCCAGCACAGCGCAGCGCUCGCCAUGCUGCUCUGCGCCAUCCUGCUUCUCCUGACGGGGCUGACGGGGCUGUGUGCGUGCACUGUGGCAGGUGACAAGAAACUGGCACUCGGUGCUGCUGAAGCAGGGCCUUGGGUAACCGUGACCCUGGAGGAAGGUGCUGACCCCAGCAUUCAGCUCCACUUUCAAGAGGUGAAGAAGGGCAAAGCCAAACAGUUCUUUGGACUGAUGGGGAAGCAGGUGGGAGUCAAUGGAACAAUAUUCUCAGGAAUACCUCCUAUUCAGCCAAAGAGAAACAUGGGGCAUCAGCAAGGACAGAUGGUCCAUGACCUCCUUGGCAAGAGAGAACCGUCUACAAAAGGCAGAGAGGACGAGGACCAUGGGUCGGAGUGACAGUCCCCCAUCGCAUGCUUCCCAGAGGACGGAAACCUUUCUCCAUACCUGGACGUUACAGCUGACCAGCCAGCCAGGCCGACACUCUUCUCUGUGUGUGUCCUGUGCUCCACACUGGCAUGUUCCACCAGGCUUGCAAUGAAUUCAGUGGGGUUCCUUCCAGGACUCUUGCUCUCAAGCAGUUGUGCAUAAAUGUGCACUACUGUCACAGUCUCAAGCUGGAGUGACCUUGUCCACCCUCAGCACUCAGAGCUCUUAUUCCACUGCAUAGCAGGACUCUCACCCCUUUUCUAUCCCUGUGCCCAGGCACAGAGGGGCUCAAUAAAUGAAUGAA